UCAGCCUAAGGACCUAAAGUAUUGUGCUGCUUUCCAUUUUCUCAACGUGAAGUUUGUACUAUUCUCAACAGCUUUAUUAGCAGAAUCUCUACACACAGGACAGAACAGAGCUUUGUCCCCAGGAAAGGAAUUAUUUCAGACCCUAAGGAGCCAUCUAAUAUGUUUCAACGUAAUUCUACUGCUGCUUUCUUUAUUUUAAAGACAGCAGCAUAGAUUUCUUUCUUUUGCAGCUGGAGAUUAAAUAAACCAAGCAGAAUCAACUCUUAGAUUAGAUUCCAGGAUACAGCAUUACAAGGAUAAAAUGCAAAAAAAGGUGCUAUUCUAUUAUCUGCUGAUUUAUUCACUGUGUAUUGCUCUUGCUCAAAAUGAACACAAUGGAAGGCCUAUGGCAAAGAGGAGAAUGCGCUAUAGAGGAUUAAGAAGGGGCUCCACAGGAUACCGUAGACUAAACAAGCAGCCCCAAAUCAAACCCUCAGUCCGUACAACCCCAAUACCAAGCAUUCCAUUUAUUAAUAUUGAUGGUGAUAUUACUGGAAUAGUUGACUCUUUUAUUGGUCUGGAUGGACAAGAGUCAAGUUACAAUAUUUUACCAGGAAAGGAAGGACGCUGUUUUGCAAAUGGAAUGAUUAUGUAUGACAAGGCUGUGUGGUCUCCUAAGCCUUGUAUGACAUGCCUCUGCUCAAAAGGAAGGGUGUUAUGUGACGAAACCUCAUGCCCUCCUCUAAUGUGUCACAGACCCAAGAUACCUGAAGGAGAGUGUUGCCCAGUUUGUACAGAUAUUGUACUAAAUAGCAUUUCACUAGAUGACAAAUCUGAAUUUUCUGGUGAUUCUCCAGCACCCAGCAACCCUAGAGAUUUGUUGCUACAUGAUAUACAGACACAAGUUAAAAGGGGUCAAAAGAAAGAAAAACUACUUGAAAAGAAAGGAGAUAAUACAAUAAACAAGAACAGGAAGAAGAAAAAAAUAAAAAGCCACAAACAACGGAGAAAACAAGGACACACAAACAACCAGACAGAAGAAGAGAAGAAAAUGAAAGCAGAGGAAGAGAAAAGGAGAGCAUAUGAAGAAGAAGAAAUAAGAAUUGAAAAAGAACUCAAGAAAGAGGAAGAAAAGGAAGAGCAAGAGAAUGAAAACAAUGAAGAAAGUGAGGAAGAGGAAGAAGAUAUUUUGCGCGGUGAUGUAUUCAGAAUGCCCCCACGUUUCCCGAUUCCUGAACCUUCUGCUGAAAUUCCUCCAUUGCCAACUGGGUGCUCCAUCUUGGACAACACAGUAAGCUGCAUUAAUGCCAAGCUGACACAAAUACCUCCAAUAAUGGAUAAAGAACUUACAAGCAUAGAGCUUGUAGAGAAUGCUAUAACUUCCAUUCCGGAUGGAGCUUUUAAUGGAAUUCCUAAUUUGGAAAGGAUUGAUCUUCGUAAAAAUAAUAUCACCUUAUCUGGCAUAGGGCUGCAUGCAUUUAAGAACUUGAAGAAUCUGCAGCGUUUAUAUCUGGAUGGAAAUGAACUAGUUCAUAUUCCUACUGGUUUGCCACCAACUUUAGAGGAACUUAAAAUAAAUGAAAACCAACUACAUGCAAUUGAUGAAGACAGCUUUCAAGGUUUAAAAAAGUUGGUGACGUUAGAACUUGAAGGCAACAAACUCAGUGAAGCAAAUGUCAGCCCUUUAGCUUUCCAACCUUUGAAGAGCUUGUCAUAUUUACGCCUUGGGCGAAAUAAAUUUAGAAUUAUUCCACAGGGUCUUCCCCAUUCUAUUGAGGAAUUAUACCUUGAUAAUAAUGAAAUAGAAGAAAUUACAGAAAUAUGCUUUAACCAUACAAAAAAUAUAAACACAAUUGUCCUAAGACACAACAAAUUAGAAGAAAGCAGAAUAGCUCCUUUGGCAUGGAUCAAUCAGGAGAACUUGGAAUCUAUUGACCUUUCUUAUAAUAAGUUAUAUCAUGUUCCAUCCUAUCUGCCAAAGUCAUUAGUGCAUCUUGUACUUAUAGGGAACCAAAUUGACAGAAUUCCAGGAUUUGUUUUUGGACACAUGAGACCAGGACUGCAGUAUCUUUACCUUUCAUUCAACAAACUUGAUGAUGAUGGAAUUGACCCUGUGUCAUUCUAUGGGGCAUACCAGUCUCUUAGAGAAGUAUUCUUAGAUCACAACCAGUUGAAAUCUGUGCCACUUGGAAUUGCAGAAAUGAGGUCAUUAAAUUUUCUAAGGCUCAACAACAAUAAAAUAAGAACAGUCCCUCCAGAGCGAAUAUGUAGAAUAAGGGCGGCUAAUGAGGAGGAGGAAGAGGAAGAAGACGACGACCAUGAGGAAUAUAAUGAUUAUGAAGAUUCACAGUUAGAACACCUUCAUCUGGAAUACAAUCAUAUAAAUACAAGGGAACUUUCUCCAUAUGCUUUUUCAUGUGUCAGAUCAUAUUCUAGUGUGAUUUUGAAACCUCAGAAGAUCAAGUAAAUGGACUGGCUUCCAUCAAAAAAUAUGUAAAUAAAAUACUUAGAAUAUUUGUUCUUCAUUAGUAAUUAAACCAAAUAAAAAUUAUAAAAGAUAUCUGAGCCACUAUUAUUGCUCAGUUUCACUUGUAGCCUAAUUCUCUUUCCAAGUAAGAUAAAUGUCACAUAUUAAGAUCCAUUUAAAUUUCAGUGUUGUAGGGUGCACAAUAAAUCAUGUUUUUAUUGAACUUCUGAUUAAUUUUAAAUAGCUUCCUUGAUCAAGACAUUUAAAGUGAUGAACUAUAGUACUACAGACACUUCUAAAACUGUAUAAGAACUUGGAUUUCCAAAUAAGCAGAAAAUACUGUAAGUUUUACAUGGAAUUUAAUAUUGUACCAAAUAAUACUGUACCAUAUAUAUGUAUUUCUUCUAUGUGGUUUCUCUCUAUGUACACACAUGUACACAUUCCUGUUGUUAAUUAAAACAAAUGAAGGUUACUAAUUGGAAUUGCAUUUUUAAAAAGAU